AAGCACUGGCUUCUAGGGAGGAGUACCUGUCUCAGACUCAUCCUAGCUGCUAUGCAAAAUGAACAGCAAGACAAAGGCAGGAUAGAAAACUUGAAUCAGCAUCUGUUUAGGACCCUGGGGUGUUCGCAUCAGCUGUUGCUAGCUGGUGUCCAAACAUUGCAGUUUUGCUCAUUGGCUGAAAGCAGGGAGGGCUUUGCUUGUUUCUCUCUCUCUCUUCUCUCAGGAGAAGGGAACCCAGCGGCUUGCUUUUUCUUUCUUAAAAGGAAGCUCCGAGUUGGCGCUCCUGUCUCCGAGACACUGUGGGCUCUCUUCAGAAGAGCCUGCAAUCCCAUGUCUUUACUCUAACCUGUCUUCUCCAGGAGGAGGGCAGCUGGUAGAAUUACUCAACCAAUGAGUAAUCUUGGUUCUUCCUCUUUAUGUGCGCGAUUUAAAACAAUAUGUGCAGACUUUGCCCUUGUUUCUCACAGGCACAUUGACCAAGAGGGCAGGUGUGGUUGCUCUAGCUGGAUCAGAAUCAAGUUUCCCUCGACACAGAGCUGUCUGUUCUGACAAAGGAAGGCUAGAAGGCUUUGAAGAUGCUGCUCCAGCUGCUCUCUGUCCUCUGGGAGGCCUUGUCCCUGCAGGUCAUUCUGGUGUUUCUGGCUACAUUUCUACUUCUUUCUGGUUACAAGAGUCGCCCAAAGGAUUUCCCCCCAGGGCCCAUAGCUCUUCCCUUGCUGGGCAAUGCACUCAGUUUGGAUUUGAAGAAGACUCAUCUUUCAGUACAAAAGCUUUCAGAAAAAUAUGGCAAUGUCAUCAGUCUUCAGUUUGGAAAUCUGUGGUUUGUAAUUGUGAAUGGAUUGCACCUGGUGAAGGAGGUUCUUGUCCAUCAGGGUGAAAACUUUGUUGAUCGUCCAAGCGUUCCUCUUGAUGAUGAAGUCUUUAAGAAGCUUGGAUUGCUCUUCUCUAAUGGCCCUGGUUGGAAACAACAAAGACGAUUUGCCUUAUCAACUCUCAGAAACUUUGGUUUGGGCAAAAGGUCUUUAGAAGAACGAAUACAGGAGGAGAGCCGAUACCUAACAGAUGCAAUUGAAGCUGAGAAUGGGCAGCCAUUUAACCCUCACUUUCAGAUUAAUAAUGCUGUUUCAAAUAUCAUUUGUUCUAUCACUUUUGGGAACCGCUUUGAAUACCAUGACAGUCGUUUCCAGAAGUUAUUGAAAUUGCUUGAUGAGGCAACGUACCUUCAAGGAAGUCGGGGUCAGCUGUACGAUCUCUUUCCCACUCUCAUGAAGCACCUGCCAGGAUCCCAUCAGACUAUUUUAAAAAACUGGGAGCAACUGAGAUCCUUUGUGAAAGAAAUCAUUGAAGAACACAAAAAAGACUGGAAUCCAUCUGAAUCCAGAGACUUCAUAGAUGCCUACCUAAAUGAAAUGGCCAAGGGGGAUGCUGCUCCCAGUUUCCAUGAAGAAAACCUCCUACAUUCUACACAGGAUCUGUUUUUUGCUGGAACGGAAACAACUUCUACAACCCUGCGCUGGGCUUUGCUGUACAUGGCCAUAUAUCCAGAAAUUCAAGCAAAAGUCCAAGCAGAAAUAGAUUCUGUGAUUGGCCAGUCUCGCCAGCCAGCGAUGGAUGACAGGGACAGCAUGCCCUAUACCAAUGCAGUUAUUCAUGAAGUUCAAAGAAUAAGCAACAUUGUACCUUUGAAUGUGCCCCGGAUGACAACUAAGGACACUAUAGUGGCUGGGUUUCGUGUGCCCAAGGGAACCAUAAUGCUUGCCAACUUGACCUCUUUGCACUUUGACAAGGAUGAAUGGGAAACACCCAAUGUGUUUAAUCCUGGCCAUUUCCUGGAGAACGGGCAGUUCAAGAAAAAGGAAGCAUUUUUGCCAUUCUCUGCAGGAAAGCGAGUUUGUCUUGGAGAGCAGUUGGCGAGGACCGAGCUCUUUCUUUUCUUCACUGCCCUAAUUCAGAAGUUCACUUUCCAGGCUCCAAAGAAUGAGACAUUAAGCUGUGAAUUUAGGAUGGGUCUGACAUUGUCUCCCCUGCCAUAUCGGAUAUGUGCAUUCUCUCGCUAAGGGGACUUACUUUAUGUCAUUGCCGUUUCUUUAAAAAGUAGGAUCAGUUUAUGGUGCAGAAACAGAUCUAUGCCACGUGGAAGCCCUCAAGAAAUAGCCGGAUCAGUCCAUGCACGAGCUUCUCAGACGCUGCCCAACACCACCUGAUUUAUAGAUAGCUAACUUGUUAGCCUGUGUGGCUUGCUCGAUUGGCUAUGUGCAGAUUAUUCAUUAGCCACCUCUCCCAAUGCCUCAUGUUCUCCAAACAAUGUCUAACAUCAAAGAAGGUGAAGGUACCCAGCACUAUCACAUCCUUCGACAGAUUAGGACACUAAAGGUUGUUCUCAGCCAUCAAAGAGCCAAACAAGAGAUAGAGGGGGGGAAGCAAACAGAGGCAGGAAGGGUAACCAUGUCAGAUCACCGUCUCCUAGAAAUACAAAUAUCUUCCGGAUAAAUUACCCAUACAUCCACCCCCAAACGAUUUGCACAAAAUAGCUUCUAGGGAGCCCUAUGCGGCCUAGGACCUAUGUACCUACAGGACCGCCUCUCCUGGUAUGCCCCGCGGAGGACCUUAAGGUCCACAAAUGACAAUAUUUUGGAGGUCCUAAGUCACACGGUGGUUAGGUUGGUCUCAACUAGGGCCAGAGCCUUUUCAGUACUGGCCCCGACUUGGUGGAACGCUCUGUCACAAGAGACUAGGCCCCUCCA